AAAGUUCCUCUAUAAAAGCACAGAGACACAAUGACAGAUUCACCUUCCUUACCCUCUCUCUCUCUCUCUCAUUCUCUGUGUUCCUAACAUGGCAUUCAACGGCACAUGGAAGAUCGACCGUAAUGAAAACUAUGACAAGUUUCUGGAACAGAUGGGCAUUAACAUGGUGAAGAGAAAGCUGGCUGAACACGACAGCAUGAAGCUCAUCAUUGAGCAGAACGAACACAAGUUCAGCAUUAAGGAGUCGAGCACGUUCAGGACCAAAGAUAUCGAGUUCACGCUCGGAGUGCAGUUCGAGUACUCCAUGGCUGACGGCACUGUGCUUACUGGCACAUGGGUCAUGGAAGGAGAGACUCUGAAAGGUACAUUCACCAGGAAGGACAACGGCAAAAUCCUGACCACCACACGGACAGUGGUCGGUGAGGAACUUGUACAGUGCUACAACUACGAAGGUGUCAACGCUAAGAGGAUUUUUAAGAAGGCAUAAAAAGAAAGCACGCAGACGUUCCGUCUCCUUUUUGUAACAGAUUUUAGAAGAAGCUGUCACUGUUGUCAUUGCAUGUCAUGCAUCGAAUAAAUGUACGGAUGUUUCUACUUUA